AUGACCCGUGCACUUAACGCGAAAAACAAACUAGUUUCUGUCGAUGACACUCUCCUCCCACCCGAAACCUCUUCUCCAAAUUAUAGACAAUGGAACCAAACUAAAGACAUGGUUCUUACCUGGCUUCUAAAUUCCAUCAGCCCCUCCAUAGCCAACUCCCUUGAAUUCCAUACCGAUCCACGAGCCGUAUGGCUUGAUCUCCAGUCCAGAUUUUGUCAAGGCAACAAUGCUAGAAUUUAUCAUCUCAAACGUGAGUUGUCUUCCCUGCAGCAACACAAUCACUCAGUUCAUGAUUAUUACAAUCAAAUCAAGCAAAUCUGGGAUAAACUUAGUCACUUACAGCCAACCAAUGAUCUCAAACAAUUACAGCAACAAGCUGAAGAUGAGAGAGUUUACCAAUUUCUUCUUGGCCUCAAUGAAUCCUUUUUCCAACUCAGAACCCAAAUCUUAGCCAUGGAAACCCUUCCCCCUAUCACAAAAAUUUUUUCUAUUCUUUUUCAGGAAGAGCAGCAGCGCCUUCUCCACCUCCUGCCACCACUGACGGAUGCUCACAUCCUUGCUGCUCACUCCAGUGGACCCACGAAACAGCCCCUGCAAUGCACCUUCUACGUCAAAAUGGGUCACUCCCAUGACCGUUGUUGGCGUGUGAUCGGCUACCCAACAGGCCGAGAUAAUCGUGGCAAGCAGCGGCCCUCUCUCCUUAGAAAACCACCCUUAACCUCGGCGCCGAUGGCUCAUCAAGUCUCCACCUCUUCUCCACUUCCAGGUUUGACCCAUGAGAUGUACCAAAAAUUGCUUGAUCUACUUCAACCGAACCCUUCCUCUGCAAAUUUCAUGGGACCCACAGUCGACGAGGCUGAUUGGAGCGGGUGA